AUGACCACACCUGAUACUGAAGUCAGGUGUUUCUCGCAACGUGUUGCCAACGGUAUAUAUGAUCGUGUCUCUGAAGCCAUUACCAACCUGGGCAAAGACGGCUUAGGCAAAGCUGAUUUCGGCAUCGAUUGGACCACCACCGUCCAAGAUAACUACAGUGGGACGAAUUGGUCAUAUGUAAACACGAAGGAUGGUCGCCCCUUUAGGACCAACAUCAUAGGUCAAAUUGCGACCUCAACACAAAUAAAGAACAUACCGCUCGGCGACUCGGACACCGUCAAAUGGAAAUGGGCGCUUUCCAAGCCCACCAUGUGUUCACCUAACCUAGCGGAUAUCUGGGAAAAUCAACUAACAUCCAUCGAAGACUGGAUCACCAAAGAGAAGAAGAGAGCAGCAAUGGGCUCAAAGAUAAACGUGUGUAUUGCCAAGAGCGCCAAUGACUUGCAAUAUGCGGACCUUAUCAUGUUAACAUCCCAACGCAUCUACGAGAAGCCAGAAGGUAAAAAUGCCAGUCAUGACACCACACCUCGACGAACCAAGCGCAAAAUCACGAGCGAAGACAAUAUGUCACUCCAGGUGCUUUAUACGACCCACGAAUCCUUCCAGACUACCAGUGGAACAUAUUUUCAACUGCAACAAAACAAACUUAAGCAACUGAACCUCUACGACACGACUGAAAACGGACUCAAGCUCAUCCCUAUGCACGAGACGUACUCAAAACUAAGACCCGGGACGCUCGUUCUCGCUGUCUGUGAUGCGCACAUGUACAAUAUGAUACAAAACGGACAGCCGACCAGCACUUUUCAGCUCAGUGUGCAGGCCAUGAAAGUGCUGGAUCCUUCCGAUGAACCUGUGGAAGAACAUUUUAUUCCCAUCCUUUCCACAACGUCCGUUGACUUGUCGAAAGACGACUCAGCCAUCGCGGGAUUUUCCACAUUCGACGUGGCAAUGAACCCCGCCAAAAAAAGUAAGCACGCAGACGGACAAAGGCACAAGGGAGGGAAAGGAAAAGAGAAAGAGAAAGUGGACUGA